AUUGUAAUAGCUAUAGAAAGCAAAUUGUGUCAUAAAGGACAUUACAAGAUGCAAUCUGUGAUUGUGUGUGUAGGACACUAACCCUGUCCUCUAUGUUAAGACAUGGCCGGGUACAAGCCGAGGGUGAUCUCUCUAACCAAGAAGCCGGGUCAUACGUUCGGCUUCUACUUGAGGAUGGAGCAUGGUGAGGAGGGUCACCUGAUCCGCUGCCUGGAAAUGGGAGGUCCAGCUGAACUGGCAGGCAUGAAAGACGGAGAACGCAUCCUGCGGGUCAAUGGAACAUUCGUUGAUGGACUGUCCCAUUCAGAUGUGGUGGAAAUGGUGAGAAACAGUGGAGCAACAGUCACGUUCCACAUCCUGGAUGGAGCUUCUUACAUUCAACUCAAAGAACAGGGAGUCAACCUGUCUGGCAAUCAGGGCACAUCAGUCGCCAACAGUGGGGCCAAAGUGGCUCUAAAACCCAAACUCUGCUAUCUGGUUAAGGCCAGCUCAGGCUACGGGUUUUCUCUUCACACAGUCAAAGGUGUGGAAGGUUUGUUCAUGGCGGAGGUGGUCAAUGGAGGUGCGGCUGACAGGGCAGGGGUCAAUGUCAAAGACCGCCUGCUAGAGAUCAACGGGGAGAACGUAGAAAACUCCACACACGACCAGGUAGUGGAAAAGAUCAAGCUUGCUGGCAGCAGCCUCAUGUUCUUGCUGGUUGACGAGGAAACAAACGGAUACUACGAAAACAAGCGUACAAAGAUAGGAUCAUGGUUAGCCACAACCAAGUAUCUCCCACACAAGCCACGCAUCGUCAGCAUGACGAAAGGAUCUGAUGGAUAUGGCUUCCUGCUGAAGAUGGGGAAUAACCGAACAGGCCACUACAUCAGGGACAUAGACAGAGGCAGCCCAGCAGACAGAGCAGGUCUGAAGGACAUGGAGAGACUGGUAGCUGUGGAUGGCCAGGAGGUGGACAGUUGCAGCCAUAACCAGGUGGUAAACAAGAUCAGGCAGAGCGGCAACCAAUGCUGCUUCCUAGUGGUGGACAAAGAUACGGACAAAAUGUAUAUGCAGGGGAAAGUGUCUCCUAUGCUCUUCCUGGAGGAAAUGAAUGAGUCCAACUCACCGCCCAGUUAUACAGAGGCCAUCAAUUUACCCACCCCUGCCCCACCACCCACACCUGUUCAGGAGAUGGAGGAGGUGCUCAAGCCUAAACUGUGUAGAAUGGAGAAGGCCUCAUCUGGCUAUGGCUUCCACCUGAACGGCAUCCAGGGGGUGGCUGGACAGUACAUCAAGGACGUGGUGAAGGGUGAAGCGGCUGACAGGUCCGGUCUGGAGGAUGAUGAUAUUGUGGUGGAGGUGAACGGAGUAAAUGUGGAGGACAGCAGCCAUGAGGAGGUGGUAACAAUGAUCCGCCUCAGUGGCAACUCUCUGGAAAUGCUGGUGGCUAAGAAGAGCGUCUAUGACAAACUGAAAGCUAAAGGAGUGAGCAUCACACGCCUGCUCCUCGGGGAAACAUCUUACGCUCAGGUCCACAACGCAGACACCACAAGAGACAGGACCAUUUCAUCUAUAUCUCACGACAGUCUUGAUGAAAGAUUCUGAGAAGCAACCGAAAGGACGUGCUCCCUUAUUUGGCAAAUCUAAUGUUGUAAUUCAUUGUUUUUUAAACAAUCAAGCUCUUACGGCUUAACACAUCCAACAAAGACUUUAAAAUUCACUGUAAAUAUCCAAACCAUGGCAGGAGAGUUGAAUGUAUCAAAGGGCUAAGAACAAAAUGUGUUUGUGAAUACUUUUGUUUUACUUUAAAGCAUACAUCCACUUGUAAAUGAUGAUAUGUAAUGAUCUGAGUAAUAUCUCUUAAAGCUUUGAUUACAUGUGUUACCAAGAUAUCUAUAGCCUACAGAGCUGAAGCUAACACUACUGAUGUUGCCAGUUAAUCCUGUG